AUGCAUACGUUCAUUUUUCUGACCACAGUCCUUCUUUCAACCUCAAUUCUUUCGUCAGCCGUUGCAAUCCCCCAAUUCCUCAAAGCACAAUCCACGCCGUCCAACAACUCCACCAUUGCAGCUCGAGCCUCCCAGCUCCCAUUCGGCGCCGUGAUCACGCACUGCACCGUGCCUGGAACAAUUGCCCUCACCUUUGAUGAUGGUCCGUACAUCUACACCUCCCAAAUGCUGGACAACCUCGCCGCUCACAACGCCCGCGCAACCUUCUUCCUCAACGGCGUCAACAGAGGUCACAUUGACGCCUUCCCCGACCUUGUCCGCCGUAGCUUUGCCGAAGGCCACCAGCUUGGCUCCCACACAUGGGGUCAUCCAAACCUCAUUGGACUCGACAGCCCCACCAUCACUGCGCAGAUGAUGCUCCUCGAAGACGCCUUCUUGCGCAUUCUCGGCUUUUUCCCCACCUACAUGCGCGCACCGUUCCUGUUCGUCGACGGUACCGUGCUGGCCGUCAUGGCGCAGCUAAAGUACCAUGUUAUCGGAGCGAGCGUGGACACGAAAGACUACGAGAACGACCAUCCCGACUGGAGCUGGCGUAGCUUCGAGAAGUUCCGUAGGGAGCUGGAUAGCGGUGGCAAUAUUGUGUUGGCGCAUGAUUCGCAUGAGAACACGGUGGCCAUUCUAGUGGAUAAUAUGCUGGACGAAGUUGAAGCUCGUGGGCUGAGUACUGUCACAGUUGGUGAAUGUCUUGGGGAUCCACCCGAGUUCUGGUAUCGGACGGACCGUUAG